GUUUUGUUUCCAUGGCGACAGGCGGCGCGGGGCCGACUCCAAACAUAACGCGCUGUGGAAAACAUGCGCCUCGGGGGAUCCCCCCCGCAGCCCCGGCUCUGGGCCGAGGCCUGAGGGGCCCUAGAGCAGUCCGGGCCACGUGUAGAUUGGCGAGAUCCCCCAGGUCAGCCCAGGCGCACGAGACCCUUCUCCCGGACCUGCCAAUCCUUCGGGGGUUCGGGGAUGCCCUCGGCGAGGCAUCCCGACACUCCGAGAAGCUCCAAGUCGAGAGCCCUUCCCCCCACUCUGGGAGCAGCCUUCCCCAGAGGCCCUCAGCUCCGCCCUCGCCGCCCUGGCCACGAGAAGCCGCACCUCCCCGGGAGCCUCCCUCAGCCCUCCGCCUCCUGCGACCCCUGUAGCGCGGCCGGGGGCGGGCCCGCGCUGGGGCAGGCGGAGGCGCGGAGGGAGGUGCUUCCGGGACAGAGGGCGGGCAAGAUGGCGGCGUCCAUGGAGCUGUUCUGCUGGUCGGGGGGCUGGGGGCUGCCGUCAGUGGACCUGGACAGCCUGGCGGUAGUGACCUAUACCAGAUUUACUGGUGCUCCACUCAAGGUGCACAAGAUCACCAACCCCUGGCGGAGUCCUUCAGGAACUUUGCCUGCCCUUCGGACCAGUCAUGGAGAGGUCAUCUCGGUACCACACAAGAUCAUCACCCACCUUCGAAAAGAGAAGUACAAUGCUGAUUAUGAUCUGUCUGCCCGACAAGGGGCAGACACCUUGGCCUUCAUGUCUCUGCUGGAAGAGAAGCUGCUCCCAGUGCUGAUACAUACAUUUUGGAUAGACACCAAGAACUAUGUGGAAGUGACCCGGAAGUGGUAUGCAGAGGCUAUGCCCUUUCCCCUCAACUUCUUCCUACCUGGCCGCAUGCAGCGGCAGCACAUGGAACGGCUACAGCUGCUGUGUGGGGAGCGUAGGCCUGAGAAUGAGGAAGAACUGGAGAAGGAGCUGUACCAAGAGGCUCGGGAAUGCCUGACCCUCCUCUCUCAGCGCCUGGGCUCUCAGAAAUUCUUCUUUGGAGAUGCCCCUGCUUCCCUGGACGCCUUUGUCUUUAGCUACCUGGCCCUGCUGCUGCAGGUAAAGCUGCCCAGUGGGAAACUGCAGGCCCACCUACGAGGGCUGCAUAACCUUUGUGCCUACUGCACCCACAUCCUCAGCCUCUACUUCCCCUGGGAUGGAGCUGAGGUACCACCUCCACGCCAGACACCAGCGGGCCCAGAGACUGAGGAGGAGCCUUACCGGCGCCGGAACCAGAUCCUGUCUGUGUUGGCGGGGCUGGCAGCCAUGGUGGGCUAUGCCUUGCUCAGUGGCAUUGUCUCUAUCCAGCGAGCAACACCUGCCCGGACCCCAGGCACAAGGGCUCUGACCAUGGCUGAGGAGGAUGAAGAGGAAUGAUUUGUCCUGAUGUUCCCAGG